AUGUCCUCUGCUACCAAAGUAAUUUCUCCCAGCAUCUUUGUAAGGAAGUUCCUCCAGCAGCACCAGCACUACCAGUCCCACGUGGAGAUCUUCACCUUCCAGCCCGACAAGCCCAGUAAGGAGCUGGCGGAGCUGGUGAUGUUCCUGGCGCAGGUUGCCCACUGCUACCCCGAGCACAUGGCCAGCUUUCCGCAGCAGCUGAAGGACCUGCUCUCCUACCACCACACGGUGCUGGACGCGGAGCUGCGCAUGACCUUCUGUAAGGCUUUGAUCUUGUUAAGGAACAAGAAUCUCAUCUCUCCCACGAGUUUGCUGGAGCUCUUCUUCCAGCUGCUGCGCUGCCACGAUAAACUGCUACGGAAGACUUUGUACACUCACAUCGUGUCAGACAUCAAGAAUGUCAAUGCCAAGCACAAAAACAACAAAGUGAACACAAUGCUGCAGAACUUCAUGUAUACUAUGCUGAGAGACAGCAACCCUACUGCUGCCAAGAUAUCUCUGGAUGUGAUGAUUGAGCUUUACACGAGGAAUAUUUGGAAUGAUGCCAAGACAGUCAAUGUUAUCACAACUGCCUGUUUUUCCAAAGUGACGAAGGUGUUAGUUGCUAGUUUGAAGUUCUUUCUUGGGAGAGAUGAAGAUGAAAAACAAGAUAGUGACUCAGAAUCUGAGGAUGAUGCUCCUACAGCCAGAGAUCUGAUGAUGCGAUAUGCAACUAAUAAGAAGAACACCAAGCGCAAGAAGAAACUGGAGAAAGCCAUGAAGGUUCUCAAGAAACAGAAGAAGAAGAGCAGGCCAGAAGUGUUUAACUUCUCUGCUAUUCACUUGAUUCAUGAUCCCCAAGACUUUGCAGAGAAACUGCUGAAGCAGCUGGAGAACUGUAAGGAACGAUUUGAAGUGAAGAUGAUGCUCAUGGACUUGAUAUCUAGGCUAGUUGGAAUACACGAGCUUUUUCUUUUUAAUUUCUACCCCUUCAUUCAGAGAUUCCUGCAGCCCCAUCAGAGAGAAGUGACAAAGAUUCUUCUGUUUGCUGCCCAAGCUUCACAUCAGCUAGUACCACCUGAGAUUAUCCAGUCAGUGUUAAUGACCAUUGCCAAUAACUUUGUCACUGACAAGAAUUCUGGGGAGGUCAUGACUGUAGGGAUCAAUGCAAUAAAAGAAAUCACUGCGAGAUGUCCAUUAGCCAUGACUGAAGAUCUGCUCCACGACCUUGUUCAGUACAAGACUCAUAAAAAUAAAAAUGUGAUGAUGUCUGCAAGAACUCUGAUACACCUUUUCCGUUCCCUGAAUCCAGAGAUGCUGCAGAAGAAAUUCAGGGGCAAGCCUACUGAGGCCUCCGUGGAAGCUAGGAUUCAUGAAUAUGGUGAACUGGAUGCCAAAGAUUAUAUUCCAGGAGCAGAAGUACUGGAUGUUGAAGAAGGAACCAAAGAGGAAGAUGGAUGGGAAAGUGCUAGUCUGAGUGAGGAAGAAGAUAACGAAGAUGGAGAAUGGAUUGAUGUGCAUCACUCCUCAGAUGAGGAGCACCAAGAAAUAGCAGAGAAGGUGAAAAGCAUGCCUGUGGAGGAACGAAAAGCCAAAGCUGCAGCAGUCAGUACCAGCAGGCUGCUAACCCAAGAAGAGUUCCACAAAAUACGCCUUGCUCAGCUCUCCAAAGAACUUAAUUCAGCACCUGGCAAAGCUGCCAAAAGGAAACAUAUUGAAAUAGAUGAUGAAGAGGAGGAGGGCAGGGGAGAGUUGCUUUCACUCAGAGAUAUUGAACAUCUGCAUAAGAAGCCUAAAUCGGACAAGGAGACCAGACUAGCAACUGCUAUGGCUGGAAAAACAGACAGAAAAGAAUUUGUGAGAAAGAAAACAAAAAUUAACCCCUUUGCCAGCUCUUCCAACAAAGAAAAGAAGAAGCACAAGAACUUCAUGAUGAUGAGAUACAGCCAUAGCGUCCGGACAAAAAACAAGCGUUCUUUCAGGGAAAAACAGCUGGCUCUUCGAGAUGCACUUCUGAAAAAGAGGAAACGGCUGCUAAAGUAA